CGUUGAUUAUUCCACUGCUAAAAUCUCGACAUUCUAAAUAUAAAUCAUUCCCUCCGAGAUUGUAUUCAUGUCCGAUGUUCUUCAGUAUCAGAGCGCUCUAAUGUGAAUCUCCGAAGCUUUCUCGUAGAAUCUUUUCGUCGUUUUCCCGCUAACCCAUUAACGAUGAAUGCAGAGGAAUCUGAAGCUCGUGAAAAUGGAGAGAAGUACGAGAAAGAGGCAAAUAUUUCAGAGGUUUUAGACGGGAAGACGGAGAAGAAGGAGGAACAGUCUUCAUCGCCGAGGGGAGUCUUGGAGAGACGCCAGUUAUCGGUUUCUUCCGAUUUCGGCAGCGGAAGCUUCGGGUCGGAGGAGGAAAUCGCCCACUCUCCCGGCGGCGGCGUCGCCGGCGGCCUGAGAGGGCUGAACUGGAACUGGAAAAACUGGUUUGAGCAGAUGAUGAAGAAGAAGAAGACCGGAAAAAAGAAGGUGUUGGGUAGAAUCCGCAGUUCUGAGGAAACCAUACUCGAUUCUUGUCAUCUUCCAAUCCCAAAACCUUCUUGGAGAAGCUUCACCCUUGAGGAGCUCGCUCAGGCAACUGAUAAUUUUAGCCCUGAUAAGUUGAUUGGACAAGGGGGUCAUGCAGAGGUGUACAAGGGCUGCUUAGCUGAUGGCGAGGUUGUUGCAGUGAAAAGGAUAACGAAAAAGGACAAGAACGAUGAUGAUCGAGUUGGAGAUUUCUUGUCUGAGCUGGGCAUCAUCGCCCAUAUCAAUCACCCGAAUGCUGUAAAGUUAAUUGGCUUCAGUGCUGAUGGCGGUUUGCACCUCGUUCUCCAAUACCUUCCUCAUGGCAGCCUCGCUUCUGUCUUGCACGGUUCAGAAGAGAGUUUAGAGUGGAGAAUAAGGUUUAAGGUUGCUGUCGGGGUAGCAGAAGGUUUGCAGUACCUUCACUGGGAUUGCCAGAAGCGUAUAAUCCACAGAGACAUUACUGCCUCGAACAUAUUACUAACCGAGGAUUAUGAACCCCAGAUAUCAGAUUUUGGAUUAGCGAAAUGGCUCCCAGAGAAAUGGUCUCGCCAUGUAGUUUCACCUAUAGAAGGCACUUUCGGAUAUUUGGCACCCGAAUACUUUAUGCACGGGGUUGUUGACGAGAAGACUGAUGUCUUUGCCUUCGGGGUGUUGCUGCUGGAGCUCAUUACUGGGCGUCGUGCUGUUGAUUCAUCACGACAAAGCCUCGUUAUUUGGGCAAAACCACUGCUGGAGAAAAACAACACGAAAGAGUUAGCAGAUCCUCGUCUUGGAGAUGCCUAUGAUGUUCCUGAAAUGAAACGUGCCAUGUUCACAGCCUCGACGUGCAUUCAUUGCCUCCCUAAAUUGCGCCCGAGCAUGAAGAGGGUUGUUCAGCUCCUGAAAGGCGAGAGCGAGGCUGUGGAUCUGAAACACAAGUCGACAGAAGGGCGAGCGCUUCUCCUGGGCUCCUUCGACUUGGAAGACUACACCUCCACAACUUACCUCAGAGACCUAAAUCGCCAUAUGCAGCUCGUUAUGGAGUGAUUCUAUGUAUAUAUCUAUUAGCUCUAAAAUGAGUAUGGUCUGUAAGAACAAAUAUUUCGCAGCAGAAAAUGGUGCAGUAAAAGGAGAAAUGCUCAUACUGCAUUUCGGUUUUUGCAUA